AUGGACUCCCCAUCCAGCGCCAUGUCGAGCCCAACCAAGGCUCUCAAUCCCCUAUCGCCAGAACGAAUCAAUCAACAGCUUCCCCCCAAUUCGCCCUCGUUAACAUCGGAUAUCUUCAACCUCCACCGCAAAACGCCCAAAGGCGUGUCGGGUGUGCAAUCCCGGGUCGCCUUCCUGAACAAUCUGUCGCGAGGGAACAGUCCCGCGCAUGGCUCCCAAUCCAUCGGAUCGACGGCCGCUCUGCAACGUGCCAUCCUCGGGCGCGAGGAGGCCGAGUCGGCCCUCGCCAAUGUCUCUGCACACCUCGACGAAGCCCAGUCACGAGAGCGUCGGAUCAGUGAGCGGCUUGAGUCGCUACUGGAAGAACUGCAGUCCACGAAGGAACGUCAAGCCCACGAGAGAACAGUUUUCGAGAAGGAGAUCCGGAAGGCUCGGAAGGAGGCCUUCCGCGCCGGGUCCGUCCUGGUAAAAACCCAGGAGGAACUGAAGCAUGCGAGGGCGGAGGCCAAGGGAUUCAAAGAAGAUGCCGCGGCCGAGCGGGCAGCGAAGGAACAGGCCAAGCAGGAGGCAUUCGAGCGCGCCUAUGCACUUGCCGGCCUGACGGAAGAGACGGAGGUUCUCAAGGAACAACUACGCGCGGCGGAAUCCAACAUCCACUCGAAGAAGCUGGAAGUGCGCGCCCAGCAUUUCCAACGAAACAACCUGGCGCGGAUGUCACUGGCGGAAGGCGACCUCAAUCUCCUAUUAACGCCUGCCCCACGGAGGCCGAAGCGAUCGGCCGAGGAGUCGGUCAAUUCGCCCCUGGCCAACGUACCCGAGCCUUCUCCGGCCCAGGACACUCCUCCCAAGAGACAACGACUAUCGGAUGUCACCCCGCGCCAGGAGAGUCAGGAGAGCCAGGAGAGCCAGGAGAGCCGGGAGGCCUCUACGACCGAGAUCCAGAACAUCAUUAUCAGCGACCUUGAGGAGGCGGUGGUGUACGAGCGUCAGCUCAGAGUUGAUGCGGAGGAAAUGCUGCAUUUCUUGAAGUUGGAGUGCUACUUUAACGGUUGUUACUGCCUAACAGAAGGCCAUGGCGCGGGCCAUCCUCAUGAACUGGAAACCAUCGAGGAGGCAGGAGAGGUGUCAGAAGCCCCCGAAGUCGACCACCAACAUGAAGAGAGGAGUGCGAGGGAGUCGAAGAAGGUGUCGGAAUCUUAUGAAACUAGCCACAGACAGGAACAGCAGAGUCUGAAGGCAUCAAACGAGGCGCCCGAAGCUCGUCAAACCGAACCCGUCCACGAACCGCAGAAGGAGCCCUUGAUCACCUUCUCUCCCGCCACGGGGACAUUCCACACCAUGCCCUCCCCUGUUCGCGCAUCGCCCCGGAAGCACCAGAUCGUGCUCGACCCCAUCCACUCCCCCGGAUCGCAAGCCGAAGACGACAUGGGCGAUCAGGCGAUGUCCGGCAGCCCAGCUCCCAAGUACGCAUCCCACCGGCACCAGACGCCACUGUUCGACUCCAUUAUGGAGAGCGAAUCCCGCAGCCGAACCCCCCCAGGAAGCCGUCCCUCCCCCGCCGUGUUUGACGUUCCCUGGGACCCUGUACUGCCCGUGGAGCAUCAUCAUGAUCACCAUCGCACCCCAACUCCCGAGGAGCAGCACCGCGACCCGCACAAGAUCCCUCUGCGCACCGACGACUCAGCCUCCAACCCCUUCGCGGAUGUCCCGGGCACCCCCAUCAGUCGCGAAGCAGCCCUAGCUCAGAUCCGUGCCCGUCGAGGCCGAACAAACACCAUGAAGCGCUCUGCUAGCGCCAGCGAAAGCGUUCUUCGCUCCGGAGGUAUGGGUGUUACUCCAGUUCGCAGUGCGAGACGCAUCCCCGGCGUCCUGAACUCGGAGGCUAGGAGUGAUGGGUCCGUGCGGAGUCGUAGGGAUAUGAGUGCGCCAAUAAGAUUCCAUCAGUGA